AUGCCUGUUAACACCAUCUCUGUGGGCGCUGCAGUGACGCCUACGGUUAUCCAAAUCUAUCUCUCACAUUAUCUCAAUCGUCGCCCGCUCGCGCAGAAGCCAACAGCGCAUAUUUCGUACCACGAAGGUCUUGAGCUAAUCCGCCGCUUUCUCCACUAUGCUUCUUUCCACACAGUCGACGAACUACAAGCAUUCACGUCGCAAUGGGUCCCAGUACCGCGUUGGGUGCACGUAAACGUGGUGGAAAUUUCAAACAACCUACUGCAACGUUCAGCACAACUACUCAAUGCGCAAUUGGGACCUGAAGGUAUCAAAGCCGUUGGAGGAAAGAAUUGGUGGCAGUGGAGACGUGAGGGUACAACACUCAAGGCUGAGUGGAUUGAAAUGCGCAAAGACUACGAUGCGAGGAAACAAUUAGCAAUCACCAAAGGUGAUCGCAUCAUGCUUUAUGUUCAUGGCGGCGCCUACUUCUUUGGUAGUGUCGACGAGCAUCGCUAUCAGAUGCAACGUCAUGCACGCAAGCUCAAGGCUAGAGUAUUGGCGCCUAAGUACAGACUUGCGCCCCAAUUCCCGUUCCCAUGCGGUCUGCAUGAUUGUUUGGCCGCCUACCUCUAUCUCCUCGAAGAAAAACACGAUCCUACGACAAUUAUACUCGCUGGCGACUCGGCAGGUGGGGGCAUGGUUCUUAGCAUGCUUGUGACAUUGCGCGACCAAGGCAUACCACUACCCGCAGGUGCGAUCUUGAUUAGCCCCUGGGUGGAUCUGACACAUAGCUUCCCUAGCCUGGGUGGCGAUGACAAGAUGGACUACAUUCCCUCGCACGGUUUUAUCCACAAGCCGAGUAUGAGCUGGCCACCUCCAAACUCCGACGAUAUGCUCGAGAUCGAAAUCUUGUCCAAGAACGCCACGGGGAAAGAGAACAAGUCAGACAAGAAGGAAGACCAUGCAGCGAAGAAGGAAGCCAAGGUUGAGCGCGUACGGGGUUACUCGGUCCAAUCAGAAGACCGUCCUCCUCUAGGAGACAUUGUCAACCCUUCAGCCACGGGACAAGAUGCGGAUGUCUGGAUAUCCUCAAAUGGCAAAUAUAGCGUUGGACCAAAGAGUCAGUUGUCCGUCCAGCUCGAGGAUGUACGCGUUGAAAUCAAGGACCAGAUCCAGAUGUAUGCUCCGAAUCACCUUUUGACACAUCCUCUGGUAUCGCCCGUUCUACAGCCAACACUCGGAGGACUGCCGCCUCUACUCAUUCAAACGGGUGGCGGUGAGUUGCUCAGAGACGAGCAAAUUUACCUAGCGCAUAAGGCCGCCCAACCACUGGCAUACAUACCACCGCCUUCCAACAACCAGACCACCGAAUCCAUACAAGCUCAAGCUGCCACUUACAGGCCAACUAAUGUUCAGCUUCAAGUCUGGGACGAUCUGUGCCACGUCGCUCCUACGCUCAGCUUCACCCGACCUGCAAAACACAUGUACCGCAGUAUAGCACAAUUCGGCGCCUGGGCACUUGCACGAGCUCAGAAGAAGUCCAUCGACAUCCUUGAUGAUGAUGACAUCUCCUUCAUGAGCAAGGACUCCGGUACCUCAUCAGAUUCGGACAAGGCUGGCGCCAAUUCUUCGUCAGACGACCCCGAGGCUUUGAACACGCAAGCCAAGCGUACGAAGGCAGAGAGAAAGGCUAGCCAAGACGCGCAUGUUGGCAGAGCUGGUGAUCCCAUUCCGUCAUUCGAGCGCCACAUGAUCCGUCAACGCAUCGAUCGACAUGGUCGCAUCUAUGCGCUUGCCCCGAAAGAAGACCUUGUGGCUCUGAACGUCCCCAGCAUCGAUGUCGGUGUGCCAAAGACGGGACCUGUCAGCAAAUGGAUGAAAGCGCAAGCUCAAUGGAACAACAAAUUUUCCAAGCAGAAGAUCAAGAUCCAAAAGCAGCGUAUCAAGGACAUGCAGAGAGGGUUCGAAGGUUUUGAGGGCGAGACACCACCACCUACAGCCUUGGCUGGUAGAAGAAUAAAGGGUAUGAAGGCUGAGAAAGCCGCGAAGAGAAGUUGGGGUAUGUCGAUGUGGUCUGGUUGGGGUAGUAAACAUGAUCAAGCCACGAUCGUACGCGAGAAGAAAGCAGACAAAAACCCCGACACCGAAGCCUCUACCUCCGUUCAAGACCCAGCCCAUACCUCCACCGACAGCACAACAGACAGCAAACCCGAACGCAGUCGCGCCACCGGCCUUGCUACUCCAAAUGUGAAACGCUCGCGCUCCCAAUCCCGCCACUCCGCCGUGACCGACCAAGGCCAAACCGGACUGCCCAUGGACGACCUCUCCAAGAUCGAUCUCCCCAACCCCGGUCUCGCCAAUGCAACGACCCUCGCUCCAGAACGCUUUGCAUCGUCUCUCCCUUCCCCUAUGAGCGAGAUCAGCAAUACAGAUAUGCCCCCUAACAUCAUCGUUUCAGACAACCCUACCGUAAAUUCCAGUACCGUCAUCCCAGCGACCGAUACACUGACUACGCGGCCAACGGCGGGUGGCAUCGCGUAUCCGUUUAGUUUGAAGGUUAAUGGAACGGAUGGAAAGGAUGUGAAUGCCAGUACGCUUACACUUGCGAGUGUAAAUAUCAGCACGCCUCCUGUUGAGGAUGCGCAGAGUGAAGAGAAACAACUUGAGAGUAUGGGAACAGUGGCUGAGAGCGUUAAUGAGCAGGUGUUGAAGGAGGAGAGGCCGGGUGUUGAGCGGUAUUUUGCUGCCGGACAGGGCGCGGGGCUUUUCAGCAGUGGUGUGCCUGAGGAGAGGGUCGGAGAUGGGGAGACAGUGGAGAGGCCGGGUGUUGAGAGGUUUGAGACUGCGCAGGACGGAUUGGAAACGCUUGCUGCUGGAGGUCAGAAGCUUUGA